CUGGGCUUGUGCGUGAGCCGGCACCCGGUCUUUUUCCUCACCGUGCCCGCAGUCCUGACCAUCACCUUCGGCCUCAGCGCGCUCAACCGCUUCCAGCCCGAGGGCGACCUGGAGCGCCUGGUCGCGCCCAGCCACAGCCUGGCCAAGAUCGAGCGCAGCCUGGCCAGCAGCCUUUUCCCCCUGGACCAGUCCAAAAGCCAGCUGUAUUCGGACUUACACACCCCCGGGAGGUAUGGCAGGGUGAUCCUCCUCUCCCCACCCGGGGACAAUAUUUUGCUCCAGGCUGAGGGCAUCCUGCAGACA